UUUUGUUUGAUAUCUUUCCACUUGUCUCAAGUGAAGCAUGCUAUCGUGGUCAAAAUUAUGGGCCGUACUGGAUCUAGGGGUCAGGUGACUCAAGUCAGAGUCAAGUUUUUGGAUGACCAGAAUCAUCACAUCAUGAGGAACGUCAAAGGACCAGUGAGGGAAGGUGACAUCCUCACCCUUCUCGAGUCUGAGAGAGAAGCAAGAAGGUUGCGCUAGAGGGGCUCUCAUGCUUUGGUUUAAGAUUUGAUGAACCGUUUUUAUUUUGUUUUAGCUAGUUGAUGCUACUUGUUUGUGUCAUGAACUUAAUUUAUGCAUCUAUUAUUACUUGAAUUUCAUGUCUGCACUUCAUGUUGUUGA